UCAAGUUCUAUGACAAUUUAUGAUCAAAAAAUCAAAUUAAUAUUGAAUUUCAAUUCGUUCAAGUGCAAACCCGUGAAAUUGUCAAAAAGCUAUUAAUCGGUCCCAUUCAAAUCUAUUCUUCUAUCAAUUUACUUUCUUUUUAAUCCUCAUAUCUCGAAUCAAUUCAUCGAAAUGGAACUAAAUUUCAAUUCAACAAACCAGGAAAAUGGAUAUAAAUCAACAAUACUUUUUAAUGUUACAUUUGAAUCAGAACCAGGCCCAUUCAAACUUAAAUUCAAGCAAUUUGUUACUGACACUAAAAGUCCUGAGAAUUUGGUCAACAUUGAAAAUCAUGAAUCUGAUCAAGAAUCAACAAACAAAAAUCCUGAUGACGAGAAUUCUAGUAAUGGUGGUGAUGGAAGUGAGAGAGAUCAAGAAUCUGAUUUAGAAAGCGUUGAAAAGCUCACUGAAAGAAAAAAGCCAUUUGAAGAUGAUGAUUCUAGAUCAACUAUCACAAAUUCACAGGAUUUAGAAUCUCAAAUCAUUCUCUCUCAAGACAGUAUCAUGGAUUUUAGCCAAGAAACACCACAAAUGGAUUGGAAUUAGAUUCCUGAAUCCUGAUUCAUCUUUCUAACGCACUUUUUAUUUAGUCAAAAUUAUCCAGAUCUUUGAUUUUUCUACCCACACACCACAAUUGCAAAUCUUUUUUGAAAAUUUACUUUU